AUGAACAGGGUACUUGAUUGGUGGACUGACGUUUUCAUCUCGCUUGGAAAGAAUACCUUCUACCUGAAUUGCCCAAUCUUCUCAAACCUCAACUACGUGGUCACCUGUCAUCCCAAGAAUUUCGAGCACAUCCUCAAAACAAAGGCGGACAACUACCCCAAAGGGAGGAGCUUCGACGAGGCAUUUGACGUUCUGGGUGACGGUAUAUUUAACGCAGAGUCCGACUCCUGGCUUGCACAGCGGAAGACUGCAAAAUCCAUCUUCACUACGAUCCAGUUCCGAAGAUUCGUCAACGACACGCUCCAGACGGUGGUCGACGAGAAGCUUCUGCCCCUGCUUGCUCGUGCGGCCAGGGAAGGCUCUACCCUUGAUUUGCAGGAACUGAUCAUGCGGUUCACCUUCGACGUCAUUAACAUUACCAUCUCCGGCAAAGAUUUGGGGGGUCUUUAUGAAGAUUUCCCUUCCGACGUGCUUUCACAGGCCAUUGAUGAUGGUCAAGAAGCCAUACUUUUCAGGCUUUCGACGCCAAAGCCGCUGUGGAGCCUGCUGCGAUUGUUGAGGGUUGGGCCAGAGAAGAAGUUGGCUAAGGCAUGGGAAACGGCGGAUGGCUGCAUUGUGGAUCUUAUCUUGCGCAAGAAAGAACAGUUGCUUAAGGGUAUAGAAAGCGAAGCAAACUCGCUUCUCUCCAACCACAUCAGAUCUCAGGGAGAAAACAGCGACUGGUCCAAGGCUAGGGUCAUGUUCCUCAGGGACAUGGUGCUCAACUUUUUUCUGGCCGGACGGAACACUACUGCUGCUGGCGUUAUGUGGUUCAUCUGGGCGGUUUGCAGAAACCCUCGUGUGGAGGAGAAGAUCCUGCAAGAGUUGAGGCUCGCGAUCUCCCGUAAGCAGUCGAAGGAAGGCAGCAAAGACAGUAGUGAUCAGGAGUAUAAGAACAAGCAGCAGCCAUGGAGUACGUUCGAUUUAGACGACGUAGGAGACCUGGUGUAUCUCCAUGCAGCAAUCUGUGAAUCCCUGAGGCUGUAUCCAGCACAGCCCAUGAACUUGAAGAGUGCAAUCAAGGGAGACGUGCUCCCAGAUGGCAGUGUUGUGAAGCCAGGGGUGAAGAUAAUGAUCUCCAUGUAUUCUCUUGGGAGGAUACCGUCGAUCUGGGGGAACGACUGUCUGGAAUUCAAGCCGGAGAGAUGGAUCCUUCCCGAUGGGACUCUGGACAACGACAAGAUUUCUAAGCUGUUUUUCGCCUUCAGCACAGGGAAGAGAUCUUGCUUAGGCAAGAACACGGCUUUUGCCAUAAUCAAGUUGGCUGCUGCUGCUGUGAUAUUCAACUUUCAGGUUCAAGUGCCUGAAGAUCAGCCUGUCAUUAAACCGGGCAUCAUGCUUGAGAUGAAGGGUGGUCUGAAGAUCAAGGUAAAAGAAAGGGCCAGUAGGCCGUUCUAA